AUUGGGACAAAAUGUUACGCUGUCUGUGGGCUGAGAAGUUGACGUUUCCGUUGGCUCUUGGCUAGCAGCUGAGGCUGAAUGGGUUGGGCCCACAGUGGAGAAAUGGCGAGAAUGUUGGACGAUAUCGAGUGUAGAGAGAAAUUACAAAACCCUGAGCAGCAGGGACCGGGUCGGGGUGCGGCGAGAUGGGGUCCACAACACGGUGGCGCUCAAGAAUUGGCCAAUUUAUAUUCGCCAGGCAAAAGGUGCCAAGAGUGGAUAAGUGUCAUCCUUUGCUUCUCUCUCAUGGCCUUCAAUUUCAUUCACCUCCUUGCCAAUUUCCACCUGGGACAUGUGUGGUAUAUUCUUCUGGGUAUCGCGGCAGGGAUCCUCACUGCAGACUUUGCAUCAGGCCUAGUUCACUGGGGGGCGGACACAUGGGGAUCAGUAGAUCUCCCCAUCUUUGGGAAGGCUUUUAUACGACCCUUUAGAGAGCACCACAUUGACCCCACAGCAAUCACCCGCCACGACUUCAUUGAGACCAAUGGUGACAACUGCAUGUUAACCAUUGUCCCGCUCGCCAACAUGGCCUUCAACUUUUACACACUAUCACCUGCGGAGAUGUACCAUAUCUACCCGUGGUAUUGCUACCUGUUUGCACUAGCCAUCUUUGUGACCCUCACCAACCAGAUUCACAAGUGGUCCCACACAUAUUUUGGCCUGCCUGGCUGGGUGGUGUUCCUUCAGGACCUCCACAUUAUCCUUCCCCGCAAGCACCACCGCGUCCAUCACGUAUCCCCACACGAGACAUAUUUCUGCAUCACCACAGGUUGGCUUAACUACCCACUGGAGAAGGUGGGCUUCUGGAGGACCGUGGAGGAUCUCAUCCAGGGCAUCACAGGAGAGAAGCCCAGAGCAGAUGACCGCAAAUGGGCUCAUAAAGUCAAGUAAUGCCACAGGCUAACAUCUCGCUACCUCAGAAGAGGCUGGUUCUGUCCCGGCUUCUCACGCUCUUUUUUUUUUCUCCUCACUGUAAUCCAUUGGAAGAAAAACUAACAGGUUUCUGAUGCCAUAGCUUUAACUCUUGCACAUUUUGUCUGCUUUUCAAGACAAUUUUUUCAUUACGCCCGAUGGAGAUCUCCAUUUCAAACGGCAAUAUAUUUGUUAACUGCAAAACAUGAGCGAUUAUUGUUCUCGAUAGCAAAGAGGUCAGAGCUCUUUCUAAUGUUUCCCUCACUUCAGAAAAAAAAUCAAAACACUAAGACUCUAGGGCCUUGGCCGUUUAUUCAGAUUAUUUUUAGCACUGAUUUACUUCAGCGAUUUACAAUAAUUAAAGGUUUAUUAGAUGCUCAAGCGCUACAUUUAAAUUUCGAUUGUAGAUAUAAGUGCAACUGGAGACAAACAAGAAUGCUUUUCCAUUAUUGAUAGCGAAAGAACAAAUUGAUGAAUAACUACUGUUACAUUUGUUGAACUCAAGCACUUUUGGUGUGAAGCUGCAGUCGAUUACACAAUGUGAUAUUAAUAAUAUCUGACCUACAAUAAUAAUUGUGACCAGCCUUUUGCUUCAAACACGCAGACAGUCACAUCUGAUGGUGGCCCUGCAAAGAUAUUAAAACAAUGAAUAUUUAAACUUUAACACUGAAAUCAGAGGCAAUAUGUUUAAACUGAAAUCACAGUCAAACUACCUGCUAGCUUAAUGAGAAGUUAUUUUAUUUGCUUAUUUCAGUCUUUUAAGAAAACAGCAAAUUUUGCGUUCCUGCUCAUUUUUCUGAGAUUGCGACAUAAAAAGAUAGAAACACAUUUGCAGCUCUUAAAACUACUUUUAUCUUGAAGGAAUCGCAUCUGAUUGUACCUAAUGUCGUGGCCUGAGUGUUAAUGUUCUGAGUCAACCAGGUUGGUAAUCUCGUCACAUGACUUUGUGGUCAGGAACGACGCACAUACAGUUUGGUCAAACUGCCUUAGACGCCACAGAUGUGUAUUUAUUGUCUUUGUUUGUAAUUCAGCUUUGUGUUGAAAUUCUGUGUUGUGUCCUGGAGUUCCACACACACCUAAUAAUGUUGACAUGACUACAUUACACACAUAGUUUUUUUUACUGGGCGUUCGAAAUGUUUUUGUGUGCGCAACAUUCCUGUGUGUGUACUUGUGGCAAGUAGACUGGGUGACGGUACAAGGGCUCACAAGGAUGACGGAUGGCAAGCGAGGACUUUUAUUCACUCUCACAGAUGAGAUUAUGUAAAUUAGUCGCUUCAGUAAGUAAUUUGUAAGUGUGUUAUACAGUAAAUAACUAUGCAGCGUGGUAAGAGGUUCCGAACUUGAUCUUAACUCGUUUGAUUAGUCAAAUGCCUUCUUUCGUGAAGCCUUUAAAAUUAUUUGGGGAAAAAAAGGAGCUCUAAUUGAAAGGUCAUGACAAAAGGAAUGGACUUAAUAGUAAAGUAAUGCAUCACGAGCUUCUCCUUUAGUUUGUUGAAUGCAGACCUGGGAGGAUUGACCGUGCUGCAUUGAAAACGGUCGUAGGGUUGAACUACUGUACCUAAAUUAUGUCUUCAUUCCAAGGAAAAUAACCCAGUUAAAAGGCUUGAUUGUUGUGCUUCUGAUAGUCUAUGUCUGCAGUUUAGGGAUAGUGACAUCUAAUAGGCCACAAUUAUGUUUUUAUACUAUGGAGUAUUUAAAUUUUUUAAUCUAGUAUACUUGAAUAUAUUGAAUUUAGGGGUUGCAACAAAAACACAUCUUAAAUUUAAAUUAAUAUAAUGUUUCUGUUAGUGUUCUCUUAGGACCAUUUUAAGUGCAUAUAAUAGAAAAAAACAUUAUUUGUGGGAUAAUUCGGGUCACACUGAUGCCGCUGCAACCCUGAUAUUUUCUCAGAAUAGAUCAACAGCAAAAGAACACUCAAAUGUCAUAGUACUUGUUGAGUAUCGUGGGAAUCGGUUUUGUGAGCAUUUGGUAGUUAAAACACAUGGUUUGUGUUUAGAGGUGUUGCAUCAGUAUUAGGAACAGAUGGUAGAUAGUUUGGCUGGAGGCUUUAGUGUAUAGCUUUUUGUGAUGACAUCAGUCAUUUUGAAGAGUUUUUGUGUUAUUUGGUGCUACAAAUAUGAACACAAUGUUUGAUAUUAAUUGGUUUAUAAUAGUAAAAUACUUCUCAAUUUUUCCCACUGAAGCUAGUUGAGAGUAAUGAAUGUCAAUGGUAUCUUAAGACAUGCUUUGUUCAGUUGAUUUGCUUGGUGGUGUUAUUGAAUUGCCUUAUCCUUUCCCUGAUUGAUUUACUGUAAAUCAUGUCAGCAAAAUGGGAACGCUUUUGAACCGAGAUUAGGUUGCUAUUCUUUUGUCUCGCUUCUUUUCUGAGGCAAAGCCCAUGUAAAUGUUGUAGUUGGGGGUGAUGGACUUUUUAAAUAUCACAAUAAUAUACCUUGAUGCCUUUUUGUUGUCUUCCUUUUGGGAGGUAGACAAUGUGUAUAUGAAACUGUAUUUACAAAGAAACUAAAUAAAACGUCAAUAAUUA